CUCUCCAUCUUUCAGCAUACCCACCUACCUUCCACAGAACACUGUCUCGCAGCCAUGUCGGCCGAUCUUGAGCUGAGUUCGGCCACCCUCGUCACGAUCGAGGAGGGCCCCGUGUCGGUCGUGUCCAAGGUCGUGGACGGAAAUGACAGGCGCGGCGAGCUCGCAGUCAAGACCUCGACGAUACACCGCAAGUUCGUGCGCGAGCCACACGACAUCAUCAAGGAGGCCCGCAUCCUCAAGUCGCUCUCGCAUCCAAACAUCAUAAAUGUCCUGGGCGACGUCGCGGACGCGCGCGCAGAGACGCUCAGCUACUGGAUGCCCUACCUCCCCUUCUCCCUCCCCAAUCUCCUCGCGUCCUCCAUGUUCUCACCACACCCGCUCGUGUCUCUCUUCACGCCGUCUCCGUCCGACCCUCCAUCCCCGCGCGAGCAGAAGUUUGUCGUCCUCGCGCGCUCGUUGAUCUUCCAGCUCUGCGCGGCCCUCGCCUACCUACACGAUGAGGUGAAGAUAGCGCACCGCGAUGUAAAGCCACACAACAUUAUGAUGGACGCGAAUGGCAAAGUCGUACUCAUCGAUUUCGGGAUUGCCUACCCCGAGGACGAGGACGCGAGCGCCAAGGGAAGCGACUUGUGGCCGGAGACCAAGGACAAAAUGUACUUCGAGGUGUCCACUGGACCCUACCGCGCUCCCGAGCUCCUCUUCGGCCCACGCACGUACUCCGCGCCCGCGACCGAUCUCUGGUCCCUGGGCACAACCCUCGCCGAGUUCUUCACGCCCCUCCGCCUCGUUCCGUCCUCGCACUCUUCAUCGGACGACGAGCCUGUCGGCCGCCCGCACAUCUCGGAUCCGCAGCUGCGGAUGGACGGCGCGAAGCCACCAGAGCCCUUCGUUAUCCCGCCGACGAUGCGCGUGGGCGACCCCUCGGCACGCUGGGUGAGGGCGUCGCUGUUCGACGGCGCGAGGGGCGAGAUCGGGCUCGCGUGGAGUAUAUUCAAGACGAGGGGGUCGCCGACGGAGGAGAGCUGGCCUUCCUUCCUCUCUCUCCCCGACGCAAACAAGAUCUCCUUCGUCGACGCCCAUCCCAUCCCUCUGUCAUCUCUCCUCCCACAUCUUCCGCCUUCCUUACGUGCUCUUCACGACCCCUCGUCGCUCGACACAACGUCGCACGCGCCAAAACCUCUUGCAGAUGCAGCAGCAACGCCACUGGACCUUCUUCAUCGUUUACUGGUGUACGAGCCCUCGCGCCGGCUCUGCGCCCACGACGCGCUGCAUCAUCCGUGGCUGGCUGACAAGACCGGCGUGCUCCUGCCCGAAGGGUACAAGCCCGCAGCUGGCACCGCUAUCUACACCUGGGCAGACCCAGUCGCGAGGGAUCAGGAGAGUAGGGAGAGAACGCUGGGCGACUUGAUCGCGAGCAUGAAGUGAUUCGAAUGUCGAAUCAGGCGGACGUCCGAAGAGUGAAAGUGAAGAGUGAGAGAAUGCAAGAAAGGAAGUGAAAUACAUGUACAAGAGUGAUACAGCGGGAUAACUGCGACAGCGACGCGGGUCUGUAUCUCUAGAUAAUUUAAUGCCCAAGCCAACGGGCUAUGUGAUGCGCGUGUAAAUCACGGGCUAGCGCGGU